GCUGACAAUUUCAACAUGGCGACUUCCAUCAUCGGUGGACUUUUAAAGCCUUGGACGCCCAGGGUGGUGGUGAUGCGAUGGAGCAGAUAUAAUCCAUACUAUCUGGAGCCAGAGGUGAGGAAGGAGGCUCAUGAGAAACCAGAGAUGGAACUCAGCGAUGAGGAGAAGGAAGAGCGGGCGCUGAAGGCUCUCAGGCCCAUCAAGGCAGCCACAAACAGCGUCACCAGCUCUGUUUUUCACGAUCCUGUCGUCAGUAAAUUCAUCAACUUGAUGAUGAAGCACGGGAACAAGGUUUUGGCAAGAGAGAUCAUGACAGAGACAUUGGAGCAUAUAAAAAGGAAACAAGUGGAGAAGUACCACAAAGCUCCCGAGGGGAAGAGAGAGGAGAUUGAAUGCAACCCUUACACCGUCUUCCACACGGCUUUAGACAACUGUAAACCCGUCGUUGGUCUCGCCAGCAUCCAGAAAGGUGGAAAGUUCUACCAGGUGCCGGUGCCGCUUACAGACAACAGACGGCGCUUCCUUGCCAUGAAAUGGAUGAUCACCGAGUGCAGGGAAAACAAGCACCGGCGCACGCACAUGUAUGAAAAACUCUCGCAGGAGCUGUUGGCGGCCUCCGUUAAGGAAGGAAACGUCUUCAAAAAGAAGAUCGAGCUGCACAAGAUGGCCGAAGCCAACAGAGCGUACGCGCAUUACCGCUGGUGGUAGAAUUGCGCAGGGCUAAAAAAUUAAGAAAAAAAACAUUAAUAAACUUCUGGACGUUGAAAGGUGACACGUGCGGGCACCUUAUGUAAAUAAUUGACAUCACUAAAAUCUGUCGGAGGGCCGGAAUAUCAUGAACUUAAAGGAAUGUCUCAAUACAUCGGAAUAAUGUAUACAAGUUUAUUUUAGUAGUUAAAAAAAAAAAAUGAAAAUCACAGUAAAUUCAAUUAGUACAAUUCCUUCCUAAUUCAUAAUCGAUAAAUUAUAAUAAUCGUAAUGAUGAAUAGUUUAAUUCAAAAAGUGCGUCUCCUAUCGAUUCAAUCAAUAGAAAAUUGACCUAAUUUCCAUAUUAAGAAUCAUUUCGGUCUCAUGAUUUUAAAAUCCAUCCCUUACGCUGGUUUUCUUUUUUUCUCCCCUCGCUCUUCUGCCAACUCUCUGUGACAUGCGCACACUGACAAUGAGGCGCUCUAAAGCGGCCACGCCAGAGUGAAGCCCCUGUGCACACACUGGUUGUCAAAGUCGGACUUGUUUUAUUCCCUCUCGCUCUCCUGCCUUGUCCCUGUGAUGAGCGCGCACUCAUGGCUGACAACAAGGUGCUCUAAAGUGGCCACUCCUGAGUGACGCCCCUUUUCACACAUCGGACUUUAAAAAAUAAAUAAAUCCCCCCCCCUCC